AUGGCCCACAGGAAAAGAAAGUUAGCUAGUGCUGAUGCCAUGGAUGAUGGAGAUUGGUGGCUGAAUAAUGGCCCCGAUGAGGGAAAUGGUAACACGAUAGAAACUACCGAAACAGAGGAUAGCAAUGCACAGAAGAAUACUGCCAAUGACAACAAAAUCUCAGAUGUGUCAACGGGAAAAACUAAAAGUAAAGCAAAAAAGCGCAAGAAGAAGUUUAAAAGCGAUACUACUAGUGAUGGAAACAAAGACAACCAGUUGCUAACUGCAUUAUGCAAUGCUGCAAAGUUGACGCCUAUUGAAGCGGAAGACUAUAAAUUAAGCGAAUCUAGCUUUCUUGAAGAACCGAAAUCUCAAUCUGGACAUCCGGAUUCGCUGUCUACAUAUCUUAAACACGUAAUCCCACAGUGGAAAAGGGAUGUGAAGAAAUAUAAAGGUACAGGUGGAAGCCCCAUACUUCUUGUAAUUACCUCUUCUGCUAGUCGAGCUGUUGAUUUAAACAGGGCGUCCACUGAAUUUAAAGGAAAAUGUUGCACAAUUAAGUUAUUUGCUAAACAUUUUAAGUUGCAUCAACAUGUAGAAUUGCUAAAGGGAAAAGUACAUUUUGCCGUAGCAACUCCAAACAGAGUGCAUAAAUUAGUUACUGAAGAUGCCUUAAAGUUAGAUAAAUUAAAGUACGUCAUAUUGGAUUGGAAUUAUCGCGAUGCAAAGGAGAGGCGCUUGCUUGAUAUUGUCGAGAUUCGAGAAGACAUUACGCAGUUGCUACUUAAAUACUUUGUGCCUCUGGCAAAAGAAGGAAAAGUUAAAAUCGGUUUAUUUUAA